AUGGCAAGGAGAUGGCAGAAGUUUGCAGCCAACCAGAGGAAGAGAAUUUCUUUUCCAAGAUCCGAUUACAAUGAUGCCGAAAAUUGUAGCACAUCAUCUUCUGUAGUUGCUAAAGGGCAUUUUGUGGUCUAUACAAUUGAUCAGAAGCGAUUUGUGGUUCCUUUGGCUUAUCUACAACAUGAGGUAAUCAGACAACUGUUGCACAUGUCUGAAGAAGAGUUUGGACUUCCAAGUGAUGGCCCUAUCACUUUACCGUGUGAUGCCUUAUUCUUGAAUUACAUCAUAUCACUCAUCAGAAGAGGUGUAACUGUAGAUCUUCAGAAUGCUUUGCUUGUAUCAGUUGCUUCGAGCCGAUGCUCAUCCGUUCUAGAACAAAGAAACCCCCAAGUGCUAGUUUAUUGA